CAUGCGUGGCAUACUGAAACAACACUGGGCAGUUCAGCAGGGACUGGCAUCCCCCGUGCUCCACUUUCCCAGCCAACAGCGUAGCUGCCCCAGCAGAUCCCUUGGUUCAGCUCUUCUGGGAGCAGCUGAGGCAGCAGAAACUCCUGCACCCGCUCCCUUUGGCUCCCCUCCCUGCAAAUCACUGAACAUGUCUUUCCCACACGGCCGCUGAGCUCCACUGGCCCAGAGCCCGUGAGCGCUAAAUUGUCUUCCUGAUCCAACUAAUCCAUGAGAAUUCCACCAGCCCAUCGCCCCCCACCUCGUCCCAUGGGAGCCUAGGAUUCCUUGUUCAGCCGAGAGCCAAAGAGUCCCAUCCUCCUUCACUGACACUUGCAGCACAAGGCACAGGCUGAGAAGGUCUGGUCCAGACACCAAAACACAUCUCAGGAAAAGCAGCAACAUUUUGCAAGGCUCAAGGAUUUCCAGCACAUCAGAGGCAGGCCAAGAAGGAGCACCUCUUCUACUGCUAUGAAAGGAAACCUCUAAACCUGUACCAUCAACUAUUGUCCUCUACAAGAUCUGGAAAACAUGAAGGCUGUAGCCCUCUUCAUUUGUCUUGUAGGACCAGUUUUUGCUAUUUCAACCCAUCCUGUAAACCACAAGCUCAGAACUCACAGACAGAAAACUCCAGAAAAGAGUGAAUAUAUUCAUGCUGAAGCCUCAAGGGAAGAGAACACAGGGUAUGUAGACAAGAGUGAUUUGCUGCCCACUCCCAGAAACUUAAAACCAGGCUCUGAAGACAGGGAUGAGCCCCAGACCAUUAAGAAACAAGGAAGAACUGGGAGUGAGCAUCAAGUGAAAAACAGCCUGAAAAGCAUCAAUUUCCUUGCACUGCACAAUAAACUAGGUUUGGCUUCUGACAACCAGGACAGUGAUUCUGGGAGCAGUGGCAGAGAGCAAUCCAGCUCUGAGCAUGAGCAGCUCAGGAAACAUGAGAAACAUGGGAACAUGGCAAACCAACACCUUCCAGGCCGCGCAGAACACCCAGUGAGUGCUUUCAGCCUUCACCAUGAGCAUAACAUGUGGAAAUAUAACAAAAAUGCUGUUGGCCUGCCCGAAAAAACCAGUGAAAACAAUGAUGAGGAAAGCAUGGAAGAAGAGGACGAGAAAUGGGGUGAAGAAACUGAUUACAGAGACACAAAGCACAAAGACCAUGAGACACGUCAAGGUGACCAAUACAAAAGACAGCAACCUGAGAACAGCAUGCAAUUAGAUGAACUCCUGAGUGAUUCCAGCCAACCAACCUGGAAAACCAAGAGACACAGUGAGAAAUUUGACCAAGAGGAAGAAGAGAGGGAGGACAGGAAGAAGUCCUAUAAAGAAGAAAUCCCCCUCUCUCAACAAACCCAUAAUGAAUAUCAGGAUGGCAAACAGCAAAGUCAAGAGAGAAAAUACCAUAUUCAAGUGAACUAUCAGAGUGAUCAUGACACAGUGGUGAAAAUACAUGAUAGGGAAGACAGUAAUGAUGAUGAUGGUCAUGACAGUGGUGACAUUGAUCGUGAGGAAUAUCUCAGCAAUCCCUGGAAAGAAACAGCCUAUGAGGAAGAGGAGAGAAUCCAGAGUAAUGACCAGGAGAGCACCAGUACCGAGCCUGAAGGGGAAGGAACCACUGAAGAUGAUACUGCAGUUCACAGAGAGACUGAGGAUUACCAAACUGUCAAGAUUAAAGACCUUGCUCACUCUGAACAAGAUUAUUAUGAUCAUGAGCCACCUGAUUCUGACAACAGGCAACAACAGAAAAUUAGUAGCUCCAUUCAGAACAUGAAUUCAAUGGGCAGUCAAGAUAAGGUUAAGACUACAGACAGUUCCCAUGGUGAGAUGGAAAGUGUCAGCAACAACAAUGAGGAGGCUCUCCUUGGACUGCCAGACACAUGCCGGAACUUCCACUGCAAAAGAGGCAAAGUCUGUCACGCAGACAAACAAGGGAAACCCCACUGCAUUUGCCAAGAUCCUGCUGCUUGCCCUCCCACCAAAGACUAUGAGCAUGUUUGUGGUACGGAUAACAAGACUUAUGAUGGCACAUGUCAACUCUUUGGCACCAAAUGUCAACUGGAAGGGACAAAACUAGGACGCCAGCUGCACCUAGACUAUAUGGGCUCCUGCAAACACAUCCCCCCCUGUACUGACUAUGAAGUGGAUCAGUUUCCCCUCCGGAUGCGAGACUGGCUUAAGAACAUCCUCAUUCAAUAUUAUGAACGUGACCUGAACACUUCUGGGAUUCUAACUGAAAAGCAAAGGAAUAAGGUAAAAAAGAUCUACCAGAAUGACAAGCGCCUUGUGGCUGGUGACCACCCAGUUGAGCUGCUCCUGCACGACUUUGAGAAAAAUUACCACAUGUAUGUGUACCCUGUGCACUGGCAGUUUCACCAGCUUGAUCAGCACCCUGUUGACAGAUUAUUAACACACUCGGAGCUUGCACCCUUGAGAGCCUCCCUUGUUCCCAUGGAACACUGCAUAACCCGUUUCUUCCAAGAGUGUGAUGGAGACCAGGACAAACUCAUUGCUUUGAAGGAAUGGUGCCACUGCUUUGGGAUUAAGGAAGAGGACAUAAAUGAAAAUCUCCUUUUCUGAGCCCGGAUGAACAGACUCCCACUACUGCACGAAAAUUGAUGAAUCCUGCUUACUUCUGUAAUUAGCAGCUUAACAGCUUUCAAGAAAAUGGUGGAAUGAGGUUCACUGACUUCUUAUCAAACAACCCAAGUGCAGAAAACUUCUACAUUCAUUAACAGCAGAAAAAUUUAACUACUUCAUAGCCAAAAAAACCCAGUGUUUCCCCCACAUGUAUCCAUGAUUUUUCUGAACCAAUAAAUACUACUAACCUAA